AUGUUAUCUCGGUUCAAAGCAUGUCUCGUUGGAGCAGUUGUUGGUGAUUGUAUAGGAUCUAAUUUUGAAGGCUUGCUCGCUGUGAAACUAAGUGAUGUGGUGAACAGUGUUUUGAAACUGGAAGAAUGUAAUCAGCAAGCACAAGAAAAAGAAGAAGCUGGGCCCUCGCCGAAAUAUUUCUACACAGAUGACACAGCCAUGGCUCGCAGUGUAGCAGCUUCUUUGCUGGACAAGAAGCACUUUGAUGCUAGAGAUAUGGCAGACAGAUUUGCCACUGAGUAUUUCAAUGAUCCUGACCGGGGUUAUGGUGGAAGUGUUGUAACUGUAUUUGAAAACCUCAAAGACCCAGAUCUGAUAGAUGUGUUUAGGCCAGCCAGCAUGCAGUUUGGAGGAAGAGGCUCUUUUGGCAAUGGUGGGGCCAUGAGGAUAGCACCGGCAGCCUUGUUUGCUUUCCAUGAUAAUGACUUGGCAAAACUGAAGGUCCUUGUGUCAUCCAUCACAAGAAUAACACAUACUCAUCAUCUUGCCAUCAAUGGAGCUAUACUGCAGGCAUUUGCUGUGGAUCAGAGCCUGCGGCAGCAACAACAACCUGUUGAUGCUGAUGAAUUCAUUGAUUCCCUCAUUUCCAAGAUGAAACCAGUAGAAGAAGAAUCGAGUGCAGGCAAAACUCCAGCAGACAACACAAGAGAAAAGAAAGAUGGUCAUCCAACACCAUACUGUUACAAGUUGUUGAAGAUCAAAGAACUUCUCAAAAACAGGGACUUACACGUGGAGGAUGUUGUGAAUGAGCUAGGAAAUGAUGUCUCAGCAUUUGGCUCUGUCCCAGCUGCAGUCUUCUCAUUUUUAAAAGCAGCUACACAGAAUAUUCCAGAAUUAAAUGGCAGAAAUAAGUUUGAACAGACAGUCUUAUAUGCCAUUGGUCUUGGAGGUGACACUGAUACUAUAGCUACAAUGGCAGCAGCCAUUGCUGGGGCUCUGUAUGGGAUGGAGCAGAUUCCUAAAGCCUGGCAAAUCUACUGUGAGGGGGUGGAGGAUGCUGAAAGGGCAGCAGAAGAACUGUUUAAACUUGGGAGUUUAUGA